UAAGAAAUUACGUAAUAUGAAAAUGCGUGUUUAUAGUAGUAUAUAAGUAUGCCGUGGAAUAUUUAAGAAGUCUAUAAUGCUUAUUGAAUGUUAUUUGAAUUGAAUUUCUACUAUUUAUAUAAUCAUGUUUGUUAUCCCGAAAACUGCUUUGAGCAAUAAAAUAGGCUUCCAAAGAAUUCUUCUGUUAGGAAAAAGGGCACUUUCCAUAUAUCCAUCAAAUUCUUUUGCAACAGCAGUAAUAUUAAAUGCCCCUAAAGAAAUUAAAAGGGGCAAGACUCCUAUUGGGAAAUUAGAUCAACAUGAUAUUGAAACAGAAGCAACAAAGGACAAUACUGUGCCAGAUCCAUAUGCACCAUUUCCUGAUGGAGUAAAUCCUGCGACUGGAGAAAGGGGUGGUCCAAGGGGUCCUGAACCUACUCGCUAUGGUGAUUGGGAAAGAAAAGGAAGAGUUUCAGACUUUUGAUUCAAUGGCUAUUUUCAGAAAAUAUUAUUGUAAUGUUCAAAUUUAGUUAAGCCUGAGCUUUUUGAACUAGUAAUUCUAUUUUAGGUGGGAAAAACAUUUAUGUUUUCUGUCCGAAAAUAUUGCACACAAUCUUAAAACCAGGACACAUGAAAAUGAAGUAGUAAUUAGUUGUAACUGAAAAUAAAUAUUAAAAAUAAACAUUUUAAUGAUACAUCUUAAUUCAAAAUGAUUUUCUUAGUUAUGUUUUACCUUCAAUUGUUAAAGAAUCUGACUAGGGUUGGCUUUAUGAAAGUUUUCACAGUCUUUAUGAUUUUCGAACUGUACCUAGUUGUAUGAUUCAAAGUUUAAGGAAACUUAUAAAUAAAUAAUGAAUUUUAAAUGAAAAAACUUUUAUAUAAUAUAUUAAAUUGCUUGCAUCUUAUUUUACUCCUUGUAAGCAAGUCUAUGAAACAAUAAAAAAUAUACAGCAAUACUCGCAAAACACUUUGAUAUACUUAAUUCAUACUUUGGUAAUUUUGACAUUAUUAUUUUUCUUCUGAAACUUUUUAUUUUAAAAAGAUAUAUUGAAAAUAACUUUUCCAUCUAAGAAAACAUGUAUCUAUUUGGAUUAUUUCUAUCCUUCUGCUAUUUUAAAUAUUUAAUAAAUAUCCUUCUCUUUAAAGAUUAAUUCAAGAAUAAAUUUGAAUGGUAAAUAUAACUACACUCUGUAAUUAAAAGAUUAUUCCGAAUUGAAAAUUAUUUUCAGUGUUUCAUAGUUCCUUGAGAAGAUUUUCAUGUGCAGGUAAUGUCCAUAAUUUUUAUUAACAAAGUUUGUAUCGAAAACUUUAUAAAUCAUUAUUUCUAAAUUUUUGUUCGCUUCCAUCAUAAAGUUGAUUUCUUUGUAUUAUGAAGAACCAAUCAGCAUAUUUGCCAUUACUUUCACAACUCCGUUCCUUCAAUGUAUAAACAUGAAAUUUUUAUUAUAAUAUAAUAAUUAUUUGUUAAUUAAUUGUGUUCUUUAUAUAUAUAAAUGUAUAUAUAAUAUAGCUUGGCUUCUUUUGGAAGUAUUUUUAAUAUUUUAAUUUUUAUAAUAAUUAAAUGGUUUAUAUUAAUCAUAAAAUUAAAAUUAUCCCAAUUAAAUUUGUUACAUUUAGAGAAAUAGACGAUUAAAAAAGAAAUGUAUCGCUAAAAAGUUUUUUUUUUUUUCUUUUAACGUGGUGUAAAAAAAAAAAAAAAUUGUAGGAUAAAUUUCUCGGAAGUUAUAUCAGAAGAACAUAAAAUUUUCAAUCCCCAUUCCAUCCCCUUUAAAGGGUUGUAGAAAUUUUUUGAUGGCGCAGUAAACUCUUCUAGACGCUAAGAAAUAUGUGUGCCAAAUUUCGUUCGCAUGGAAUUGUAUAAGGUUCAAACAUACAAAUAAACGAUUUUUCAAUUUUA